AUGAUUAUGUUUCUUCAUCUGGGGAAGAUUUAUUUGGGUAUUUUGCUAUUUAUCCUGACAGAAGAAAACUUCCUAUCAUCAACAGCACAAACCUACUUAUCUGUAGAAGAGAUUCAAGAACCCAACAGCACAGCUUCUUUUCUCUUGACUGACUCAAAAGACACAGAUCUCUUUUCCUCUGCUGAAAAGAGAAGAUCUCAGAACCACAGAGAAACUGAGAGAUGGUGGUUGUUCAGAAGAAGGCGAUCAACUUUGUUUUCUAAUGGAGUAAAAAUCUGCCCUGAUGAAAGUCUGACAGAAGCUGUGGAAAACCAUGUGAAAUAUUUCAAAGUUCGAGUGUGUCAAGAAGCUAUCUGGGAAGCCUUCAGAACUUUCUGGGAUCGACUUCCUGGACAUGAAGAAUAUAGUUACUGGAUGAAUUUAUGUGAACAUGGAAUCACAACAGUAUCUGAAAUGGCCACAAACUUCAGUCAGUCUUUAGAACAUAGACACUUAAUUAUGGAGAAACUGACACAUACAAAGGCAACUGUAAACAGCCCUGAAGUCUUAUCUCCAGCUCCUGCUGAUAGCUCAACAUUGACAGGUACUGUUCUCAGUGUUCCAUAUCCAGGGGUGACCUCCUACGAAGAUACCUCAGAGAACAACUUGGAGAAGUCAGAGGAGAGUAUUAGCAAUGAAAUUGAUAAUCUGAUAGAAGAAUCUACACAGCCAGCAACUGAGCAGAUUGCACAAUUCAGCAUUCACCUUUUGGGGGAGAAAUAUAGAGAAGAACUACAGGAUCCCUCCAGCUUCUACUACCAGCAUCUUGUAGAAGAAUUUAUCUCAGAGGUUGAAAAUGCAUUCAUUGGAUUACCGGGCUAUAAGGAUAUUCGUGUACUUGACUUCAGCAUUUCCAAGGAAAAUGACAGUGGCAUAGAUGUUCAUUAUGAAGUUUCCUUCAAUGGGGAGGCCAUCAGCAAUACGACAUGGGACCUAAUUAGCCUUCACUCCAACAAGGUGGAAAAUCAUGGUCUCAUGGAAUUGGAUGACAAACCCACUGUUGUCUAUACAAUUAGUAACUUCAGAGAUUAUUUAGCUGAGACAUUGCACCAGAAUUUUUUGCAGGGAAACUCCUCUUUGAAUCCAGAUCCUGACUCUCUUCAGCUCAUCGGUGUGAGAGGAGUUUUACUUUCCCAGACUGAACAGCUAGUUUGGAACAAUGAAAGCUCAAGACUUCAGGCAACUCCACAAUCCAUCGUGGACAAUAUCCUUACUGUGGAAUGGCCCUCUGCAGAUGAAUCUACCACCAAUAGGAUUUCACUACUUGAUUCCAUCUCUCACCAUCACUCAGCCACUGACAGGGAACUCCAGUCUGAAAACCCUUUCAGAGAUCUGGUGGCUACAUCCAAACUAACUUUACCCAUGGCAAUGGGACUCAGUUCUUCCCCAGAGAUUUUCGAGGCCAGCGGUUUGACUCUUCAUUCUAUCACCCCCGUAGUGCUUCAGACUGGUUUGCCUGUGGAUUCUGAAGAAAGGACCUCUGGAUCUUACUUACUGAAGGAUGGAUUAACCCAAGGUGAAGAGCCAGAAGAUUUUCUCUUCUUUGAUCCAUUGUCUUCAAGUCCAUUAACUCAUCCUGUAUCAAAAGAAACAGUGCCAUCUAUGGAAAAUAUUGAGGUAUCCAUGACAUCCUCAUCAUAUAUGGUCUCAUCUACCACAUUAAAUCUUCUUGCUAAUGAACUAACCCAACCUUUUUAUUUGGAUUUCUUGGCCUCUAAAGUCAAAGACCAAGUAGAAGGGAGUUCUUUGAUGCCAGACACAUCAAUAGAGAAAGAAUUUAUAUCUGAAAGUGGUUUAGGUUCAGGAUCUGGGGAAAAGGUAGAUAUAAUUACUUGGCCUUGGGACACGAAUUUAUUGGAAAAAAGCACAAAACCACUGACCAUGUCAUGGCUGGAAAAAGAAGAUUCACUUUUGCUUACUGAGGAUGUAGAUAAAAAGCUAGUUAUAGAUAUUAAAAUAGACCCUACAAUUCAGAGUAUUGAACAUUCCAGAUAUGCAAAACCUACGAGUUUUGCAGAAGAACCUACUGGUGAACUGAUUACAUCCUUUGUUGCAGAAACUCCAGCUCAAGUAAUACCUAUAAUUUUCUCUAAGCACACAUCAGAGGUACCUGACACUGAUUAUUAUUCAGUUACCAGCAUACCCAUUCUAUUGACAUCUCUAGAGACCUCCACUUCUACUGAAAAACAAGAUCAGGUAGAAACCUUUUCAAAGGACUAUAUAAAACAAACUACAGAAUCAUUCAGCAGUGAUUGGUUUGACAGCACACUUUCAAUAGAGAAGCCAAAUAUGCACCCUUUGCCAGAAUCUUCUCCAGAGAAGUUGUCCAAAGACACAUUGGCAAGUACAUUACAGAGUACUGACAAGUUUUGGUUGUCAACCAAAUUGUCAACCAAAUUGUCUCCAGCCACAAGCUCCACCCUGUCAGAGGAUGAAGUAAUCAUGGGUGUACAAGAUAUUUCAUUAGAGCUGGACCGGAUUGGCACAGAUUACUAUCAGUCUGAGGUAAUCCAAGAGGAAAAUGGAAAGGUUGGGAGUUACAUGGAAAUAUCUACACAUGUCCACUCCACAGAGAUGGCUAUUGUGACUUGGCCCACAAAAAUAAAUGACUUAAGUCAUGCUCAGACUACAGGAGCUUUGGUAGUUUUCUUUAGUCUUCGAGUGACUAACAUGAUGUUUUCAGAAGAUCUGUUUAAUAAAAACUCCUUGGAGUAUAAAGCCUUGGAGCAAAGAUUCUUAGAAUUGCUAGUUCCCUAUCUUCAGUCAAAUCUCACGGGAUUCCAGAAUUUAGAAAUCCUGAACUUCAGAAAUGGCAGUAUUGUGGUGAAUAGUCGGAUGAAGUUUGCUAAGUCUGUGCCUCCUAAUGUCAAGAAUGCUGUUUACAUGAUUCUGGAAGACUUUUGCAUCACUGCCUACCAAACCAUGAAUAUGGCUAUCGAUAAAUACUCCCUUGAUGUGGAAUCAGGUGAUCAAGCCGACCCUUGCAAAUUCCAGGCAUGUAAUGAGUUUUCGGAGUGUUUGGCCAAUCCCUGGAGUGGGGAAGCAGAAUGCAGAUGUUAUCCUGGAUACCUGAGCGUGGAAGAAUUGCCCUGCCAGAGUCUCUGUGAUUUGCAACCUGACUUUUGCUUGAAUGAUGGAAAAUGUGACAUUAUACCCGGCCAUGGGGCCAUUUGUAGAUGUCGGGUGGGUGAGAACUGGUGGUACCGGGGAGAACACUGUGAGGAACUGGUAUCUGAACCCUUGGUCAUUGGCAUUGCCAUCGCCUCCGUGGCAGCGCUGCUCCUCAUCAUAUCUGCUAUCAUCUUCUUGCUCGUAAAGACUCUUCCAGCUCAGUAUAUUCGGAGAGAAAGUGAGAAUUAUUUUUGUGGUUCUAGGAGGCAACCUGACAGUCUCGCCUCUAUUGAAAAUGCCAUGAUGUACGACCCCAGGUAUAAAGGUCAUAUGGCUGGACUUGAGCGUCAAGAGGGACUUUGUCCUUCUCAUCCCUUCUCUAGCUAUCCAGGUGCAGGCAUGAUUGGCGAUCUGAGCAGGGAGGAAAUCAGGCAAAUGUACGAGAACAGUGAGCUGUCCAGAGAGGAAAUCCAAGAAAGGAUGAGGAUUUUGGAACUGUAUGCCAAUGAUCCUGAGUUUGUAGCCUUUGUGAGAGAACAUCAAAUGUAA